AUGACGCAAGCAUCAUCACCAGCGAAUUUAUUUGAACUCAUUCGACAAAAAUACCUAAAAGAAAGUAUGAUCAAGGACACAUUAAAUGAAGAGAAAUGUUUUCCAUUUGAAAACACUUAUAUCAAUUUGACUAUCGUUGAAUCGAAAGAACAACACGAAAAAGAAAACGAAUUAAAACAACAGAAUCUAAGUGAGCAACAAUUCAACGGUGGAUUUCUUAGUGCUUAUAAAGAAAUCUACGAUGCUAAGAUCUUAAUUGACAUCAAGGAUAUUUUUAAGAAAUGUAAAGACGCGACAAAAAAGAUUCUUGUACUUGGAAGAGCAGGUAUUGGAAAAUCAACUUUUUGCCAAUACGUUGCAUACCAAUGGGCAAAAGGAAAUCUUUGGCCUAAAUACGACCUUGUUGUUUUGGUUGAUUUACGUAGAGUGACCGAGGAUCGUUAUCCAAAAGGAGAAGAAUAUUCACCAUUUGACAUAGUCAAGAAGGAAUAUUUACUUAAUGAUAUUAUAUCGAAGGAAGAACAACAAUGUUUCAAUGAACGAUGCAAAAAUGGCAAAGUUCUUUGGAUAUUAGAUGGUUACGAUGAACUCGCACAGAACAUUCCACCCUAUUUGAAUACUGUAUUCAACUAUAUAUGCGAGACGCAGCACCAUAUUUUAACAUCUCAUCCGUCUGUUGUCGCAUUGUCAUAUGAUGUGAAAAUGAAAAUAAUAGGAUUCACAGAUGACAAUAUUAUUAACUAUGUUGAAUCGUUCUUUCACCGAAUCAAAGACAACACAUUCAAUCCAUCAGUCGAAACAAAGAAAAUUCUACAAUUGUUGAAAUCGAAUCCAAAUAUCUGGGAUAGUGCUCAUAUUCCCGCAAAUCUUGAAUUGAUUUGUAGCAUAUGGGCUACAACAGACUGGUCGAGAACUAAAUUGUUAACAUUAGCGACACUUUAUGAUAAUAUAGUAGAGUGGGUAUGUCGACGAUACUUGACAAAACAAAAUAUAUACAAUCGAAAUCUUGGAGAUAUGCAAAAACAAGAUGUCUCUAAGGAAUGCGAUACUCUAUUGAAAUUCCUGGAAUGUUUAGCUUUCAAAGCGAUGGAGUCUGACAGUAGGCUGCUGUCUUCACAGCUUUUUAAAGAAGCAAAAGACGAAUGUGAAGGCUUCCAAGAAAAAGAUCCAUCAAUAUUGAAUUUUGGCAUUCUCAAGUCCUAUGAUGACAAGCUAGUUGGAGAGCAAAUCCCAACCAAACAACAAUACUAUUUUGUUCAUCUCAGCUUCCAAGAAUAUUUUGCUGCACGUCACUUAGCAAACCUACUCAAAAGCUCUGACAAGCAGAAAGCUACUGACUUCAUCAAUAAAAAAAAAUACGUCCAACGAUUUCGUUUAGUCUUCAUAUUCGCUGCAGGACUUCUUGCACAACACACCUCUCAAUCAGCAAUGCAACUCUUAUGGAAUGCUAUACAGGAAGAACCGUUAGAUCAAGUCGAACUACAACACAUAAAGCUCAUUAUCGAAAUCCUUAACGAAAUUCCGGAACAGAAUUCCGUCGUAGAACGCGAAGUCUAUCUCAAAUCGAUAUCACAAUGGAUUAUCGCAGUCGUCACAUAUUCACCUGAAGUAGUACAACAUGCAAUGGAACAAUCACUUCAACAAGCCCCAAAUAUAGUAAGCACUAAAUUUAUUCAACAUACAUUAGCACGACUCGUGGUGAUGACAGACUGCGAAACCAAAUUCCGCGCCCUUCGUAUGGUUGCUAAAUGUCCACUCUCAGAACUUUCCACAAAAUUAAUUGCUGCUUUGCUUGCAACAGUUCAUGAUCCAGAUGAGAAUGUCCAAAUAGAAGCAUGUCACACGCUUAUAAAAGUAGGAGAAAAAGCAGCAACCAAUGAUGUGAUCGCUGCUCUGAUGUAUUUAGUGUAUGGUCAACGUGGCUAUCUUCGAAGUGUAGCAUGUAAAGCACUUGGAAACAUGGGUGAAAAAGCAGCGACUAGUGUUGUGAUCGCUGCACUACGGAAUGCAGCUUGCGGAGAUGAGUACCCAAGAAAAGAAGCAUGUGCGGCACUCGCGAAGAUAGGUGAAAAACAUGCAACCCAUGAGGUGAUUGCUGUCCUGUUGGAUGUAAUUCAUAUUCAUAGUGAAAAUAGAAAGGCCAUAAGAGAAGCAUGUGAAGCACUUGCGAGAAUGGGUCAAAACGCCGCUAUCGAUGCUGUGAUCGCCGCAGUACUGAAUUUAAUGCGUGAUCAAAGUGAAUAUAUUGUAGAAGCAGCAUGCGAAACACUUGGAAAUAUGAAGGAAAAUGCAGCGACUAAAAAUGUAAUCGCUGCUCUGUUGAAUGUCAUGUAUGUUCGGGGCGAUGAUGUCAUACGCGCAGCAUGCAAGGCACUCGAGAAGAUUGGUAAAAAAGGUGCAACCAAUGAUGUGAUUGCUGGUCUAGUUAAUGCAAUGGGUGAUGGAAAUGGGCACCUCAUAUAUGAAGCACGUAAAGCACUUGUGAAUAUAGGUGAAAAGGGUGCGACCAAUGAUGUGAUUGCUGUUCUACUGGAUGCGAUUCAUGAUAACAAUGAGAUAUUACGAAAAGAAGCAUGGGAAACACUCAAGUCGAUGGGUAAAAUAGCAGCAACAAGUGAUGUGAUCGCUGUUCUACUGAAUACGAUUCAUGAUAAGAAUCAGGACAUACGAAAAGAAGCAUGGGAAACACUUAGGCAGAUGCACGAAAAAGCAGCGACAAGUGAUGUGAUCGCCACUCUACUGGAUGCGAUUCGCGAUACAAAUAAGGAACUACGAAAAGAAGCAUACGUAACACUGCAACGGAUUGGAGAAAAAGCAGCAACCAACGAUGUGAUCGCUGCGGUGCUGAAUAGAAUACAUAAUGAAGAUGAGGACAUACGCAGUGAAGCGUAUUUAGCACUUGGACAAAUGGGUGAAAAAGCAGCGACUGAUCGUGUAAUUGCUACUCUGUUGAAUGGAAUUAAUGAUAAAGAUUGGCGUAUCCAAGCAGCAGCAUGUUGGGCACUCGGAAAUAUGGGAGCAAAAACAGCGACCAAUGAGAUAAUCGCUAUUCUGUUGGAUGCAGUUCGUAAUACACGUUGUUCUUACAGAGCAGCAGCAUGUAGAGCGCUUGGAAAUAUAGGUGAAAAGGGUGAAAUCAAUGAUGUGAUCGCUGCUUUGCUAAAGGCAGCAUGUCAUGAGGGUUCGAUUAUCCGAGAUCCAGCAAGUGCAGCACUCAUGGAGAUAGUUGAAAAAGGUGCGGCCAGCGAUGUGAUUGCUGCCCUGCUAAAGUUAAUGCCUGAUGGAGAUUUAAAGGUCCGACGGCGAACAUGUGAAGCACUCGGAGCAAUGGGUAAAAAAGCAGCUACUAAUGAUGUGAUCACUGCUCUGUUGAAGGCAACUGAUGAUAAAGAUUAUUAUGUUCAAGAAGCAGCGUGCGUAGCACUCGGAAAAAUGAGUGAAAAAGAUGCAACCAUUGAUACGAUUGCUGCUCUGUUGAAAGUAAUUCGCGAUGGCAAUGAGUCUAGUCGAAAAGAGGAAUGUAAAGCACUCGACAAGAUGAUUGGAAAAAGUGCAAAUAAUGAUGUGAUCGGUAUCCUGCAGAAUGCAGUUUUUGACGAAAAAAGGUGGGUCCGAGUAGUAGCAUGCAAAGCACUCGGAAAUAUAGAUGAAAACAGUGCAACUACGAAUGUGAUUGCUGCUUUGUUGAAGGCAACUGGUGAUAAAUAUUGCAAUGUCCGAAAAGAAGCAUGCAAAGCGAUGGGAAAAGUGGUAGGAGAAGGUGUGACCACUGAUGUGAUCACUGCUCUACUAAAGGCAACUCGUGAUCAAGAUCAGUCAGUCAAAGAAGUAGCAUGUGAAGCACUCAUAAAUAUUAGCGAAAAAGUAAUGACUGAUGAUGUAAUUGCUGUUCUGAUGGACAUUGAUCCAAACUGGCAUAGCUUUCACCGAAACGAUAUUGAGAGAAGUAUGGAACUUACAAUCUCUUUGAAUGAAAAACUUAAAAAUUGGAAGUCUGAAGUGAUUGAGAAGGUAUUUCAGCGGUUACAAAAAUACUACCGAAUCAAAUUUGAAAGAAUGCGCCCUGAUCACUUGCUGAAUGCGUACUUGGAUUCGGGUAAUGAAGCUUGGCUUAGCUUGCUUGCGUAUGCAGCAUUGGUGCAAGGUAUAGGCAUUACAGUUGUGGAUAAUAAAAUAGCAAUUUACCACGCAAAUGAAACCAUAGAAUGUUGCAUUCCACGUUCCGAAUUGAAGGAUAAAUUGUUGGAUGUAUUCAAGGAAGGGAAGAGAAAGCUGAAGAACAUGAGUGCGACGCUACCCGGAAGUGAUGGUUACUUAAUAUAG